UUUGAUAUUUAUUUCAUCAUUUUUUUUAAUGUCAGAAAUGACAAAUAUCACCGGUUGCCAUAAUUGAUGUUCACAGCUUGCUGAUAAACCAUCUUGCGUGUGCUUCCCUAUCAUUUUUACAUGUUAUUGUAGGAUCGUUCAUUCAAAUGGUACAGAAAAUGAAGUUUGUUAUUCUUGUGUCCAUAUUAUCUGUAUGCUUUGGAGCACCUAACUUUCCAAGCCAAAGGGGACACGUCAGGGGAUUUGGUGGUGAAAGCUUCAGCGGAGGUGCUUCUUUAACGGUGAGAAGCGGUGGAGGUGUUGAUCCUGCAUAUACAGGUGGCAGCGGCCCUUCAUAUUUGACUAGCAGUGUAGGAGGAGGCCAACCAUAUAUAGGCAGAAGAGGAGGCGGUAGUUGGGGAGGACCUCCAAUGACUGCUGGAAGCGGAGUUAUGGGUGGAGGAAGUCAUAGUGGCGGUAGACAUCAUAUGGGUGGUGGUAGCAGAGCAUCAUAUAUGGGCGGAGGGAGUAGCAGUGGGGGAGGACCUCAUAUGGUUGGUGGUAGUGGAGGGACAUUUAUGGGCGUUGGGGCUGGUGGUCCGUCCGCUGGAAGUGGUGGAGUACAAAGUGGUAGUUUUCCAUCUGCAGGUCACAGUGGCAGUUUUGGUCAUUCCGGUUUCAGUAGAACAGGAAGUGGUCAUACUAGACAAUCAGGGUCACCUGGUGCUAGUGGUACAGCAGGAACAGGAAUGGCACGUGGACAAGGAGGGCGAGGUGGAGGCAACGGUGGUAGUAGUCAACCACGUGAAGGGUAUAUAGGUGCACGAGGUGGUCAAAACGGCUUUCCGGUUCAUGGCGGUUAUUGUGCUGGGCAGAUGUGCGCUGAUGGUGGUUUAUCGGCUGGUGUUGGCAAUGGUAUCGGAAUGGGAACUGAAAGAAUGAUGGAGGAAAGGUUAAGAACAGGUCGAAACGAAGACAUUAGAGCGUAUGAAAGGAUGACCGGUGGCCCUGCGGCUGGAGGAGGUGGAGCCAUGGGUGGACAUACGGGUGGAGGAAUGCCUGGUAUGGGUGGACAUAUGGGUGGAGGAAUGCCUGGUAUGGGUGGGCAUAUGGGAGGAGGAAUGCCAGGUAUGGGUGGCCCAAUGGGAGGAGGAAUGCCUGGUAUGGGUGGACAUAUGGGAGGAGGAAUGCCUGGUAUAAGUGGCUCAAUGGGAGGAGGAAUGCCUGGUAUGGGUAGCCCAAUGGGAGGAGGAAUGUUUAGCAUGGGUGGUCCGAUGGGAGGUGGUGGGAUGUCUAUGAUGGGCGGUCCAAUGGGAGGUGGAAUGUAUAGUAUAGGUUAAAUGGACACUGGAAUAAGAAUGUCUAGCGGCCAUGGUCGAAUAUAAACAUUAAGAUUUCCAAAUGUCAUUGUAAGUAAUAGGGUGUUGGGGUAUCAAAGAAUAUCAUUUAAAUUGGUUCCGAUAAAACGAUAGGGAAGUUCAGUUUUUACAAAGACGAAAUCCAUUCUUCAGCAAAAUUUAUAAUAAUAAGUAUAAGCACUAAGAUGCUUUUGUAGAUAGUAAAAUGUUUAAAAAAACAAAUUAUGCGUGUUUGCAAUUUUUUUAUGUACGUUAUGUUUUGAAUUUUGUUUUUUUCUUAUCCAGAUGACUAACUCUUAAUUGUUACAGUAAUUUAUGAAGUUACUUUAUUUCCGUUAAAGAAUAAAAAAGUGCAAUAUG